CGUCUCCCCCUCCACACAAACCCCCACACAGGCAGAGGAGAGCGGCGUGGGACCGAAGGAGCAGGAGGGUAAUGUCAGUGUUACCGGUGGACACAGACGGGUUCAGGAGCCGGUAGUAUUCCAGACGUUUCCACCUUCAGUGCCGCAAAGAGGAGGAGGACUUAAUCCGCUGUGUCGUUCCCUCAGACCGGGCAGCCGAUAAACGGCUAAGAAGCAGAGAUGCCUCCGAAACAGAAGUCCCGCUCCUGGACUGAGCUGAAACAAGCCGGAAAUGAAUGUUUCAAGACGGGUCAGUACGGAGAGGCCACCAGUCUGUACAGCCAGGCCAUCAGAGAGCUGGAGAAGUCCAAUAAAAAGAGUCCGGAGGAUCUGGGGAUCUUGUACUCGAACCGAGCAGCCGGAUACUUGAAGGAUGGAAACUGUGGGGAAUGUGUCAAAGACUGCAGCAUGUCUCUGGAGUUGUAUCCGUUCAACGUGAAGUCUCUGCUGCGUCGUGCUGCAGCCAGUGAAGCUCUGGAGCGCUACAGGCAGGCCUACGUGGACUACAAGACCGCCCUGCAGAUCGACUGCAACAUCGCAGCCGCUCACGACGGCACCAACAGGAUGACGAAGGCGCUCACAGAGACAGACGGUCCCUCGUGGAGAGAGAAGCUUCCUCCCAUCCCCACAGUCCCUCUGUCUGUCAGAGAGAAACUCACCCAGCAGCCCACAGCCAACACCCCAAAACCAAACCCGGCUCCACAACACAACGGCACCACACCGACCAACAGACCUGCUCCCAGUGAUAAAGACGUAAAGAAAGGCCAGGCCCUGAAAGAAGAAGGCAACGCUCUGGUGAAGAAAGGAGAAUAUAAGAAGGCCAUAGAGAAAUACAGCCAGAGCCUCAAACACAACCCCAGCGAGGUCACCACCUACACCAACAGGGCUCUGUGUUACCUGUCAGUGAAGCAGUACACAGACGCCGUCAGAGACUGUGACGAGGCUCUGAUGAUUGACAGCAGCAACAUCAAGGCUCUCUACAGGAGGGCUCAGGCUCAGAAGGAGCUCAAGGACCUCAGGUCCUGUGUGGAGGACCUGAACCGCCUCCUCGGAGUGGAACCAAAGAACUCGGCCGCCCUGAAGCUGCUGCAGGAAGUGCAGAAGAAGAAGUGACGACAUGUUGGGGAAUGAGGAGGAGGCGGCGGUGAGGAGCUGACGCUGCGCUGAGCUCAGAGUCAUGUGACAGGAAGUGACACGAGUCAGCUGAGCCUGUCUCUCAGCUCCUUCAGCCUGUUUACUCUAAACAUGAGCUCUUAUUGGUGGAUGGAGCAGGGGGUGUGUCAGGAAGAUGUUUGUGUUUUACCAGUUUUAGUUUGAAAUUAUUGACACAUAAUAACAAUAAUAACCAACAAUAAACCUUCAUCAUCAUGUGAUACUAUGAAGAUGAGCAGCUGAUCAACCUUCACAUAAUCUCAACUCAAGGUACACUUUCUCACUUUUUCAUGCUGUCUUCAUCGAGGGAUGGAACAGUGGCGGCCAUCUUUGAACAACUUCCCGUUACCAAGUUUAGUACUCUGAGCUGAACCAGAAUCCAGAAUCCAGUCCACAUCCUGAUUCUACUGAGUCUAGACUUCACACCAACACAACAGCAGGUGAUGAUGUCACAGGUGAUGAUGUCACAUGUUCACCAGCUCCAGUUAAACUUCACAGACACAAAAGCAAAAUGUCUGAGGUUAAAACUUUAUCUUCCUGGAGCUGAUUCUUAACAAGACUUUUUUUUUUUCAGUACUAAUUGUUUCAAAUCAAUUUAAACAGAAACAAAAUGAAAACACAUUUAGUUUUACUUUAGUUUUAUUUUUCAGCUCGGUCUCUCUAAACAGCCAAUCAGCAGCUUUAGUAGCUGUUGGUGCAAGCAUGAUGCAUUCUGAUUGGCUCCAUGAGAUUUACUCAUUUACUCCUGAGAAAUUGAUCCUUGAUAGAAACAAACCAAUUCAGUCCAUUAAUGUAUUGAUGAUUGAUACGUGAGCAUCAGCUUGUAGAGUCAGUGUGUCGUCUGGAUGAGACUCAUGAGAUGUUGAGUUGAUCAUAUUUUGCCUCUAAACAUUUUCAGCUCAUGUUUAAAUUAAACACGCUGCUGAUAAAUGAGUCAAAGUUUGAGACGUUAAACGUGUCGGACGUCUGGAAAUUUGUGAUGAACUCUACAAAGGAAAUCAAUGCAGCUGAUCAGGUUCCAGGUGGGAGGGGCCAAUAUUGAUCCAGUAAUGAAACCACUUUCACAGUCAUUGAUAUCAUGAUAGAAAAUUAUGAUCAUAUAAUUUAAUAUCACUGAUAUCAAUGUAUAUAUUAUGAUACAGAGACAUUUCUGUAAAAUCAAUUGAUAAAGGAUCAAUAAAUCCAGAGAUCAAAGGAAUAUCUAUGAUCAUACAUCAACGCUGGUUCUGGGUCAAUUAACAGUUACAUAAAUGAGAAUUAAAAAUCGAUCUCUGUCCUCUCGUUUUAUUAUCACAUAGAUUAAACUCAGAAAUUGUCACGUUAAAGAAGCUGAAAACAAGAACUGAACAAUAGAUUAAUUAUUUAAAAUCAGCUCAUUAUAAUAUUUGAAAAUGUAGUUCUGUAAUUCAUCUAAACUCUGAUGAUCCUGAAGGUUUAUUGUGUCUGAUUCAAAUGUUUCCACAUGAUGUUCUUCACUCAGGUCGUUUAUUUAUCCUGAAUCUGCCCUUGAGUUCUUGUGAGUAUUUGUCUCUCAGUGAUUGAUAUUUAUGUUCAUGCUGCGUUCAGGUGACAGGGAGGAGGAAAGAGACAGGAAAUACAUUCUGGGUUUUCAAGUCACAGGUUGGAUCAGAUGUAGAAAAGUUUCCCCAUGAUUUACAAAUCAGAAACUCUGAGGUGACCUGAACGCAGCAUCAGACCUGGAGCCUGUUGGAUGCAACAGGAAGUGCUCUCACCUUGUUUCCUGCCUUGUUUCAGUCUCUGCUGAGAGUUCAUGUUUGAAACCGUCAGGGUCAAAGUAUCUUGUUCUGCUUUUCUUCAUUUACUUUGUGCUGUCACUUUUUACUUCCUGUUAUUUUAUUGUGAAACUUCACCUGCAGCUUGGCUCCGUCUCCACCUACCCCAAGUGCCUGUUCACGUUAGUUUGUGUUUUAAAACAUCUGGAUUCAUCGUGAAAGAACAUCUCUUCAUACUUGCACAGGUAGAGCCGAGAAGCUGCAGAGACCGACCACAGCUGAGAUUCUGUUUAUCACGUUACUGUUUGUUUAUUUGUUUGUCACCCUGCUUCUGUUUUAUCUGCAAAUAAACAAUAAGAAUUGAAAA